CCCAUCGCCACACGUCUUCUUCGCGAACUACUUCUUACGUUUCAUUAUACCAACUUAUUAAAUACCUGUUAUUGUGACGAAUAUUUCUCUUCGUAUUCGAAGUCAGACGACCAGGUCUUUUCGAUUAGUCUCCUUAAAAAAAUUCGAAUUUCCUUUUGUUCCCUGUGUCCUUUGUUUCUCUGGUGCUUGUAACUCGAGUCCCAGACGUGUCAGGCUUAUCUUGCAACAAUACCGAUUUUGCUGGACGCGCUGUUUAUUAUUAUACCAACUCUCUUUUCGAGGCCGACAUAUGGUUACCCUUCGAGACGCGUCCUCAAUUUAUAAUCCUUUAGGACCUAAUCGCGGUCACGUCGAAGACAGAUUCGUCGUCAUGCCAUCCAGGCUACUUCGAUAAAACGGCCACCCUUUGUAUUCCUCACCGACAAUCACCUCGUGAGGUGCAUGUUAGAUUAUGACAGACAAGAUCCUACCAUUGCCGACGCAAUCAGUGACUCCGAGUCAAGCGGCCGUUCUUAGUCCCAAGUCGACACCUGCUUUGCUUGUACGUUUGCCCAAUAAGGCGACAAAUAAGGCGGCGCUCGAGGAAGAACCUUACACUAUCAAGUGUAUUUGUUCCUUCUCUGACGAUGACGGAAACACUAUCUAUUGCGAAACCUGUGAUACCUGGCAACAUAUUGAAUGUUACUAUCCUGACACGGUUGACGAAGCCCUGCGAGAGGAUUUUGCCCAUUCGUGCGUUGAUUGCAAACCUCGACUACUUAAUCAUCAAGGUGCGCAUGAGCGACAGGUAUUACGACGGAGUAAACCUAGUACAACAGAGGCGUCUGAGAGAAAACCGAAACGACCUCCUACCAAGAAUAACAAACGAAAAACCAAAACCACAGACCUCUCGAUAAACGGCCAUACCAGUUCCGAUACCAACACGAAACACUCCCACGAACACAGUUCUAUCCACCAACAUAAAAAGUCUAAAAGCACCCACCGACAAAGUCAAUCGACCAGCUCGCAUUUUCCGAAGCGUAGCCCUUCCUAUGGUGAAAAGUCGGGAAACCACCAUGGCCACCCGCCUAGCCCAGCUACGACACCUCCGGAUGUUCAACAUGAGUUUGAGACCCAGUACUCGACUGCUCUCUCAAGCUUGUACAAAGACGACCGUGAUGUAUCGAUUGUCCGGACUAAUUCAUUCGCCAGCCUCUCUAUUUCGAAUGUCCUGUCUCUGUGGUUACGGGAUCAUGACAAAUUGAGGGCAGAGACUGGAUGGAAUUUUGACGAUGUCUUCCAGUCCUUGCCACCUAACAUCGACUCAAUCAAGACCUCACCCCAUAUCGAGUCUAAGAAGUUAAAUGUUGGAACUGAUGGUGUUCUUCAUAUGCAAUUCCUUACUAUGUCGCAACCCGUCGACAAAGAUGUACCCUUAAUAGAGUUGAAUGGCCAAAUAGGAAUACAAAAGGACUACUGCGAAGAUCCUGGAAAUCGUUGGCAGGAGUUGAGCUGUCCACUCCCCUUCGUCUUCUUCCAUCCAAUGCUCCCGAUUUAUAUCGACACUCGAAAGGAAGGCUCUUUCGCUCGUUACAUCCGACGAAGCUGCAAACCAAAUUCAGUACUGGAUACUUACUUGUCGGACAGCUCUGAAUAUCAUUUCUGGCUUGUAAGUGAUCGACGAAUAGGGCCAUCAGAGCAAAUUACGAUUCCGUGGGUGUUCAACCUUCAGAAGGAUGUAGCACGAAGGUGGGCACAGCUGCUUGGUCUUGGUGAUGAAGACUUGGGCACACAGCCAGAGUACAACAAGAAGGAGAUAGAUACCUACCAAAGUAUCUCAUCAUGGGUUCAUGCUAUCAUGUCCGUGUAUGGUGGUUGCGCUUGCGGUCUGGGCCCUGACUGCGCAUUUGCUCGUUUCCAUCGAACUUACAUACUCAAGCCGCAACAGCAAUCUAAGGAUACUAAGAUGGCGAAAAAGAAAACCAGAAAAGCCAAGACAAACGCCCUAUCGCCGACAAGCACUGGUCAUGCAACUAAUAGCCGUGCCCCUAGUGAAGGUCAUGGCGAUGAAGGUGUGGAAAACGAUUCUGGCUCGUCGCGUAGCAAGCCUCCUAGUCGAGAUAUGACUCCAGCCCCGCGUCAAGGAUCUUUUGAUACAUUAGGCGUGUUAACAGAACUCACCGAUAGAGACAAGCGAAAGGUUCAGAUGGUCGAGGAUUCAUUUCGUCGUAUGGAGCUGCAACAGCCUCCAAGAAAGAAGAAGCGAACCUCAGACGGUACUGGAAAUUCUAGUUCAGUCAUAAAACCGAAGUCUAGAGGUUCAAUUAGCCACGAGACCUUAGGUAUUAACGGAGCGUCGGAGCGUCGCUACAUUGAUGCUGGCACUUCACGAAGUAUGUCGGAUUCAUCGUCGAGCGCAAUAUCACCCAACACCACGAAAAUUGAUCCCACGUCCCACGACCCGCCGAAUAAUGCCCGUAGCAUUCCUUCUUGGCGCGCUUCUCAAGACCCCCGCUCCGAAUACUGUGACGCGUCUGCUCAGACGGAUCCAGUCGACGGUGAAUGGUUUAGCAAAGUAGAGCAAACUGCCAAACCUAAGAGACGAGUCGUGUCUCUUUCAAAACGUUUGCUAGAAAGUCGACAUCGAUUGCGAGCCGACGAAGACCAGAGACGAAAAACCCUCUCCACUACGGUUGAAAUGGAUAUAGAAUCUCCAAUACGAGAACAAGGACACAUAAUCACACCAAAGGUUCCCGAACGGGAAAAGGCAGCAUCACCGCCACAUAUGGUUGCGCCUGCAGACAUAGACAUACCUAUGAUGGAUGGUUCAAUUUCGCCGAAAGAAAGCAGACCUUCUCAGUGCCUAUCAGCUGUCGUGACUCCGAUGAAGACUAAGUCGUCUGACCUGCGCGUUCAGAUGCCUCCAGUUCCUGCGUUUAAUAGUUCUACGGUGCCAAUCGUCACGACUCCAUUGUCCGCAACAGGGAUGUCAUCCCAAUCACCUUUUUCGACUAGUAACAUACCCAAUACUUUUCCUACAUCGUCUGUCAACGGUGUCACAGUCCAACCAAGCCCAAUUAAAAAGAAGCUGAGCUUGAGUGAUUAUACAAAAAGCAGGAUGAACAAGGCGGCGGCGGCUGCAAAGCCAGUGGGAACUUCACUGAAGCCGCCUGCCACUGUCGCAGAAGAAGCCAAAUCACCGACAAGCACGGAUGCAACGAUGCUUGAACAUUCCGUUGUUGAUAAAAGUACAGAUUGAAAGACGAUUUGUUACAAUUUCAGAACCAGAAUUCCAAGUGCUUGCAAUAUGCAAUAGGGCUUUGCAAUGCCUGGCUUGGACUUUAAUAUUUCAUGGCUUCUAGCUUUUCACCAAACGCUCAGUUUCGAGGCCUCGCGAGCUAAACUCCCCUUCCAAGGGUUCUGUUUGUGUUUGGAGACAAUGGAACAUGCUGCACGGGCAGUGUCGUUUUCUAAGUCAGGCGUUAAGGCAUGCAUUCAAUGGGGAAAUGGUGUGUGCCGGCGGGCAAUGUCAUGAGGUUUAUUCCGGAUGAUAUCGGUUUAUUUCGCAGUAUUCCAAGGUUCUUAUGGAAUCAUAUUCGUUGUACGUGCUCGAACGCAUGGAGGUUUACCUCGGCUUGGCUUGGCUUGGCUUGCUCGACUCGGGCUGGAUUGAAAUGUUGACGACUGGGCCAUCAUGGCUACCAGAGUUGAACUGGUAAUGGUGGCAGUGCACAGAUUUGACGAGCCUGGUAGUGGCAAG